AAGUUAUCCAGAGUUCAUUCGUCUUAAUAAUUUCGUGCCCGUACCUAGUGGAUAUAGAUAAAAAAAGAAGUUUGGUGCAAUGUAAGUGUCCGAUUCCGAAGGUUAAACAAAGCCGUAAUUGACAGUAUACCGAGGAGGAGCGGACGGGUCUAGGAGAGUUUCGACUUGAAGCUAAGAAGGCGAUUCAAUUGGAAAAACGAUCCCGUUCUGUGCCAUGUACCCAGUUUAAAAAUGAUGCCGAAUAUUUUGGCCCGGAUAGGCAUUUAUUCGUUCGACGGCAAAUACAAACGUUAUCGCUGCGAGGACGGCCGUGGACGGGCCUUGUCACCCCUCCGAUAACCUCGCCUCGUCUGUGGAAAAUGCAGGUGCGGGCAGCGGAAAGGACGGUGAAUCGCGUUUUUCAUGGGUGCAGUUUUUGAUUCGGGACAAUUUUAUUUAAUCGAGUGAGAUAUAAAAAAUGGACUCGUCUCCCGGUGUGAUCCUGAUGAAGAAAGGCAAAAGGGGAGCGGCGGCCUUCGUCCUGCAGGACUGCCUCAACAGCAACCCCGGUCGGUGCCUGGAAGAUAUACUGGACAGUGUCCUGAAUCCUGCCAAAGCCAUCGACGAUUGGGAGACGAUUGAUUGGUGCAAAUGGCUUAUGGCAGGUGGAAACACACCGGACGAAUUUUCAAGCACGGUACGAAGGUACGAUAAUGCAACAACAUGUGGGCUGGUAUGGACCGCAAAUUUUGUGGCAUACCGUUGUCGUACCUGUGGUAUAUCACCUUGCAUGUCACUGUGCGCUGAAUGUUUUCAAAGGGGCGACCACGACGGGCAUGACUUCAACAUGUUCAGGAGCCAGGCAGGAGGUGCCUGCGACUGCGGAGAUACAUCAGUUAUGAAAGAAACAGGUUUCUGUGAUCGGCAUGGUCCUAAAGCGCAGGUAAACAAAAUGGCGGUUCCUAACGAGUUGAUGUGUGUCACGAAAAGGAUAAUGCCUAGGAUAAUACUGAGACUAAUACAGCAUUUAAGAGAAAGCAGCAAAUCCACUGUACCCGACGCACAUAUUGUUGCAAUUCAAGAUGCGGACAGUUUUCUCACAAUGCUUCAUGAUUUGAGUGGAUUAGGAGCAGCGAUGAGAAGAAUUAUGACAAGCGCAUUGACCAAUCCGACGAUUUACAAGCAAAGGACGGAUGGCAGUCUUCUUGUUAAUGGUUCAGAAUUUGCGAAAUAUAUGGAAGAGAGCCAACGAAUAUAUGAAGAGGCGGUUAAAUCCCUCCCAAACCCUGCUCCAAUGCCAGAGUACAAAGAUAUAGCUGCCCUUCAAGAAGUAUUAGUUCAUCGAACAUUUCUUGAGGAACUUGUCUUUUGGACUGUGAAGUUCGAAUUUCCCCAAAAAGUGGUUUGUCUUUUGCUCAACAUGCUGCCUGAUCCAGACUACAAAGAAGCGCUUACACAAGCAUUUGUCCUUCACUACUCUAGAAUCUCAAUGAUGCUUGAGAAAUCUUCCGAUCCUGACACUCUUUCAAACAGAGUUGUACAUGUCAGCGUUCAACUUUUUUCAAACGAGGCCCUGGCAUUACGGAUGGUCGAAAAGCUCAGCUUACUUCAUGUGAUGGUCAUCAGCCUGAAAUAUAUGAUGCUCAAAAUACUAAUACCAAAUAUAUUACACGAUGCUGACAAAAACUUUCAUUACGUUGUUGACUGCGGCCGUCAAGUCAUGAAAGAACAUUGUUACUGGCCUCUUGUGUCAGAUUUAAAUAAUGUCCUUUCUCAUAGACCUGUUGCAGUCCAAUUCAUGAGUGAUGACAACCUUUUAGAAAUGUGGUUCGCAUUUCUUUCUAUGUUCCAAGGGAUGAACGUCAAUCAAAGAGAAUUAUCUCAACACGUAGAAUUUGAACCAAAUACAUAUUAUGCAGCAUUUUCUGCUGAACUGGAAGCAUCGGCCUAUCCAAUGUGGGCAUUGUUGAAUCACCUCAAGGACAGUUCAAGUGUCGAUUUAACCCAUAGGGUUCUCACUGCCGCUCUCAAUGCCCUCCAGGAUUGGUUUGAUGCAAUUAACAUGACCCAACCUAACAUUGUUGAGAACUACCAGGUGUCCUUUCAUUUACCUCUUCACAGAUACUUGGCAGUCUUCAUGUGCCAAGCUGUUAAUAUGCAAGGGCGGGCCCUGACUGAUGUUCUCCCUCCGACAAAUAUGCUACAGUUAAUAAUGAUACAUCCACUUCGAGUUCAGGUUGCCUUUUAUGAAAUUCUAAACGGCUUAUGGGUAAGGAACGGAUUGCAAAUCAAGGGUCAGGCGAUGACUUACAUUCAGUGCAACUUUUGCAAUUCGUUGGUCGAUGCCGAUCUUUACUUGCUUCAAGUUUGUGCGACGAUGCUACCAUCUCAGCUUUUCAUCUUGACAGUCCUUCAAAGGUUUCAUAUUAUGGAUUGGCUCAGUUUCUCUGGGCAUUCGAGCAGAAGCACUUUGCCAGAUGGAGAUUCAGACACGCCAAUGCUCGAAAGCUGUCUCACCUUUUUAGCAUCUUUGAUAAGUCUACGAACUAAUUUAGGAGCAAAUCAAAGCAGAUUAUCACAGUUAGAAAUGGUCACAUUGCUUUGUAUGGGUGACAAAACACACAGUCAGCUCAUGGAACUAAUGCCCGAGAGAUGUGGUACAGUACAAAGCAGAGAUUUUGAAUCUGCCCUUGCUGAGGUUGCAGAAUAUAAAGCUCCGAAUUUGGAAGCGAGUGGAAACAUGCAACAGGGAAUGUAUGUUCCGAAGGGACACGUGUGGGAAGAAAUGUACGACCCGAUUCAUGUAUUGCUUAGGGCAGUGCACAGAAGGGAAUUUCAAAAUUCUAUGGACAGAUUCAAUGAAUAUGUUAGCCAGUCCAAUCGACUGAGAACCGGUGCUUGGCCUCCUUAUCGAGAGCCGGUGCCUUGCCAUGAGGCUUAUUCUGAUCCAAGGAAAAUCCUCAAGUCAAAAGUCUUCCAUGCACUUGUUUGGCUGGUCUUGUACAAAGCGAUAACACAGCAUAAUGUUUCUGAACAUGUAAUAUCUCUUAUCAUUUACCUCUUGGAAAUGUCUCUGGCUGUGACUGAUCCGACAGACCAACCCUCACAAGUGUGUACUGUUAAGCAAUCUAGCGAACGAAAUGUUAACGAUGGAGAUCUUGAGAAUUUUUACGAGUCAGAUUGGCUUAGUGAUAAUUUGAGAACUGUGAUAAGUACAAUUACAUUACCUUCUGAACCUGUCGUCCUCGAUCCUGAUAACAAAGGUGAUGAAGUUUGGGAAGAAGUGGUCGAAGCAUCUCUAUUUUAUGGUGAAGAAGUAGAUGAUCCUCUCGCUUUAGGGGGUGAACUUCCUUUAGGACUUCCUUCUGGUUUUAAUUCUCCUGCUAUUGUUCCUUUAAUCAAUGAAAGCGAAGAAGAAUUGGCUCUGCCGUUGUCUAACCAACCACUUGCCGUCUUAGCUGGGAAUGAGGUCGUGUCUUUUGUUCCAACCACUAGUCAGAACACAGGGGGAGGAAGCACAGGGCGCAACCAGACCAUGGCCCUCUCAUCAUCGCCAAGAACUUCUCCUUCUACUUCGUCUGGUGGCGGCGCCAACACCUGGAACAGCACUAUCAGCAGGUCAGAAGCAUACUUGGCCCAUUUCCAACGGAAGAUGUUUAACAAAAAGAAACACAAUUCUCAAGUUCAAGUUGAACUUCCAUCCCCCGAUGCAGUGGUUGAAGCGAACGAAAGUAUUAUAUCUUUGCUCCUUAAACUCCAUUCACAUUUAGUCGGUAUUCCGGAUUCCUUCAACCCUGAUGGACCAGCACCAGAUCCCAAAUGCAGAAUUGGGGAUGGCCCAUAUUUUGUUGGAAAUGUUCUUCAUAGAAUAAUGGCUUUAGAUGCCCUGACAAGGGAAAAUGUAAUCUCAACUCGAGAGAAACUAUGGCCAAGACAUCCGGAAGAAGGAGAAGAGGAAAGAAGAGAAAGAGAGGAACGCGAGCGAACUGAGAGAAGAAGAAGAGCUAAAGAAAGACAGCAAAAACUAAUGGAGGAGUUCGCUUCGAGGCAAAAGCAGUUUAUGGCGCAAGCUAUGGAAACUGCAGAUGAGGAAGGGAUGGAGUGGGAUGGAUCAGACAACGGCGGUACAUCUGCAGGCGGUGUCGGAGCCGCUUCAAGGGGUGUGACACGUAGAAAAGAGUAUGAUUGUGUCAUAUGCAAUCAGACAUCUCCAUCUACUGAGGAAGAACCGAUGGGCCUUGCAGUGUUAAUACAGGCUACUAGUGUUCUAGGACAUCGUAGAAGGAGUGCUGAACCUCAUGUCUUACCAACUAGUGACGAAGAACGCUUUCGCUUCAGAAGGCAUGACACUCUUGCGAGUGCAUUCGAUAGGAAAAUGGAAGAGUUGGAUCGACAAUUUAAUCAAUUAUCAUGGUUAGUGUCUGUAAACUUGGGUUGGGAGGGUGGUGUGCAUGUUCAAACUUGUGGACACCACCUCCACCUUGACUGCCUUAAGUCAUAUCUACUCUCAUUGAGAAAUCAGCAACGACUUGCUGCUGAAAGGGGCGAGUACGCGUGUCCUUUGUGUAGGCAAUUAGCAAAUUCAGUGUUACCUUUACCUCCCCAACUUGGUGAAACAGCUGCGAUGGUACGAUCGAGGCCUGCAUCUCUCUCUUCGAUCAUACCUGAGCUCACGAAUUUCCUCAAAGAAAAUUAUUCAUCUACUAGCCAACCCGGCUCUAACAUGAGGGAAGCGAUGAGCAAAUCGAUGGAAGAUAUGACCAACUCGACAUACUUGAAAUACAAGCACAAGUUCGGAACUCGCCUUUCCCAAACCGUUUAUCUUUUUGUAAGCUCAAUAGCAAGGACAAAUCUUGAAAUUGAAUUAGUUCAAAGAGGCGGUUCCUUCCAUACGCCCCCGGGCUAUGAACCUAAUCCACUUAUACCGAAGAGAUCUUGCAUAGUACCAUUGUUGCACGUACUUGCUGCGCAUGCGAGAAUGCUGGCCAAUUGGCCGACUUGGGAAACGUGGCAACAGCUGGCGAGUCUUGAACCAGAUGUUCCGCUUCCUUCAGCAGUAAUCCCUGUUCAAUUUCAAGUUCCUCUUCUCCUUCGAGAUCCUACAGCACUUCUUACUCAAUUUAUUCUACUUCUACCUUUACAUUUAGAUCAAACUUAUUUCACCUGCGUAAUCAAACUUCUCUACAAUUUAUUAUACUUCCAAGUCCUCGUCCAGACGUCCUGUCAAAUGACCGAGACCGAGCGAAGUUUUUGGAGAAAUGAACCGAGCACUAGCAACACUGGUGCAUCAACCAGUGAGGCGAAAAUAGCCACAUUGGAAGAGGCCAUGUCCCUCACCAUCAGAGCGCUUGACCCGACCCAGCUAUACAUCGAAGAUGAAAAUCUAGCGACACCACCCGUGCCAAAUCCACCUUCUGAUUGUGCCGAUAAAUUCAACCUUGAAAAUCAAAUUCAAACUUUAUGCCUUCCAUUUUUAAGAGUAGCAGCACUUUUAAGACAUCAUAUGUAUGACGAACCUCUCCCUGAGGUUGACUCACCUUCCUCUGAAUUCGUAAGGUUGGUGUAUUAUCUCGAAUUAGUCACCGAAGGAAUGUCUUGGGAAAAAUUUAACGCUGCAGUAGCACUUUCGUGGCCGUCCAAGACCCAUGUCCUCGACUGGAUGAGGCAAUUGGGGGAAUUCAUUAAUCGAAGCCAAGUAGCAGCUAGGGUUCUUCUAACUGAGCAGCACAUAACUUGGCACCAGCCGUCCCUUUUAAGUCUUCCCCUUUUAUAUGACAGGAUAUUCCAGUACUAUCACCGUCGUCAGUGCUCUCAGUGUCAGAGCGUCCCUAGAGAGACGUCCAUAUGUCUUUUGUGUGGUGCUCUCGUCUGCUUGAAAGAGUCCUGCUGUAAGCUGCUGAGCACCUGUGAGGCCGUCCAGCAUUCAAUAGAUUGUGGCGCGGGUACCGCCAUGUACCUUGUUGUAACUUCGUCCUACGUUAUUGUUAUUCGAGGAAAGCGGGCUUGCCUUUGGGGUUCUGUUUAUCUUGACAGUUUCGGCGAGGAGGACAGAGAACUAAAGAGAGGCAAGCCAUUGUAUCUAAGUCCAGGAAGGUACCAGCUGCUUCAGCAGCAGUGGUUAGCUCACAGGUUCGAUCACACAAACAAAAAGUGGGUCUGGCACAGGGAUGCGCUCUAGUCCUUAUCUUCAAACGUUACAAUUCAUAUUUAGCCUAAUAAAUGAAUCUUGACACCAAAUACAUUGCUCGGCUCCUUGUAGAAAAGUUGUUUUUUGAAGUGGACGCGGAAGGGAAAAGAUUACAACAGAAAAGAAAUUGUAUAAAGACAUACUUAAAAGAAAAAGUAUAAACUAAUGUUUAAAAAAAUGUUAAGACGCUAUAUAUUUUUGUGUAAUAUAAAACCUCCUUCCUUGAUUAGUUGAAGCUUGAGCAAUGUGCAGUGUUUUGUUUAUUAUUUCUAUAAAGAAAAAAUACCAAUAAAUCAAGUAUAGAGAUGAGGAGCGACUAGUUUAUUUUAUAAUGUAUAAUUCAAGAUUUUGUUAACAUUGCUUGCAGUUGAAUACAAUUGAGUACUGUUUAGAAAGGAACUUCUUUUAAUUUUAUGUAAUACAUCUUUACAUUUUUGUUAAUCAAUGAAACAGUUAGAACUACUUCUACGUAAGAUACAUGUAAAACUGACAAACACAAUUAUCAGCAAACACAUUUAUCAGGACUGUUUUAUUUAUGUUUAGAGGUCAGUUUGUUUAUUUAUGUUCGUCAGUUUUACAUGUAUCUUACGUAGAAGUAGUUCUAAUUGUUUCAUUGAUUAACAAAAAUGUAAAAGAUGGAUUAUAUAAAAUUACAAGAAGUUCCUUUCUAAACAGUACUCAAUUGUAUUCAACUCCAAGCAAUGUUAACAAAAUCUUGAAUUAUGCAUUAUAAAAUAAACUAGUCGCUCCUCAUCUCUAUACUUGAUUUAUUGGUCUUUUUUCUUUAUAGAAAUAAUAAACGAGACACUUUGCACAUUGCUCAAGCUUCAAGGAUUAUAAUAUUUUGAAUAUAUUAAUUUUUUAUGAUAACUUGCAUACAUACAGCAUGUAAGCAAUAUUAAAAUUAAUUAAUUGCCUCUGAAGAAAAGAUUUUCACGUUGAUAUAACCCUCCUUAAUGUUUGUUUGUUUCUUUUUAUUAACUGUGAUAUUAUUUGCCACGUGGAAAAUUUUAAUGUAUAACAACAUGUUUAGGUUUGCUGGCUGGCUACAUUUUAUUUUAUUUUAUUUUUUUUUUUUUUUUCAAGUGUG